GUAAUUUCCCCCUUCAAUGCCACUGGGAUGUCAGUACUCACGGAAGGUGAAAGAUACCCGGUCGAAUAGAGCCCCUCAAUAUGUAUACUGUCUGACAGUUAAGUAUAAAGUUCUACCAAUGUCCUGGUACAAACUCAAUGUGGUUGUGUCCAAGUAGCUCAUUCUAUUGCUCAAUUUGACUUACAUCCAAUAUCACUAGUACCUAGAGACAUUCGGAGAAUUUUCUGCAUAACUGCAUUCAUAACAUCCCAGUCAUCCAAAAUGCAGCUCUUCAAAGCAGUCAUGCUCAUCGCUCCCCUCCUGGUUGCCGCCAGUCCUGUCGAGCUUGAGCCCAGACAGUUCACCGAGUGCUGUUUCCUUGGCAACUGGAGUCCCGGCCUGCAGAUGUACUUCAGAGCUACCGGCUCGGGAACCAUCCACGGCAGCCCUGACGUGUGUCUCAUCGACGUGAAGCGCGAUGCCUCGGACCCUGAUAACUGUUCCAAGGUCACGGCCACGUUCAAUGGUGGCUACUGCUUUGACAAUUCGAUUCUUUCACAGGUUAACUGUACCACCGUGCCAGCAAGUUAAGACAUCUGGAGCCACUCUGAAGAGAGACUGUAUAUAGUCAAUAGCGUCCCGCAAAUACACGACGUUUUCC